ACUUCCGCCGCUCCAUAGCAACGGCGGCGCGGUGGCAGCGAGACCAUGGCCGAAGUGGAGGAGACCCUAAAGAGGAUUCAAGCCCACAGAGGGGUGCUCGCAACCAUUAUCAUAAACGCCGAAGGAAUUCCUAUAAGAACAACUCUUGAUAACUCUACAUCAGUCCAGUAUGCAGGUCUUCUUCAUCAGCUCACCAUGAAAGCUAGGAGCACAGUGAGAGAUAUUGAUCCUCAGAAUGAUCUAACCUUUCUUAGGAUCAGAUCAAAGAAACACGAAAUUAUGGUAGCUCCAGAUAAGGAGUAUCUCCUGAUCGUUAUUCAGAACCCAUGCGAAUAGUCCUACUAUGGCAAUAUUUUUAGAUACAGUGAUGUAGUUCUACUUGUUAAACUAAUAUAACUUGUUGAUAUUUAAUAUCAAACAUAGCACUAAGUAAUUUUACAUAAAGUGUAGCUGUCAUGACUGAAAUGUUUCCAAUUUAAAGUUCUCAGUUGUAGCUAUAUCAAUUUGUGUUUGAGCAAAUCAUAAUGCGUAUAUCAAAAUAUUGUAUGUUUCUCUUGAUACUCAGAGGAGCAAUAAUAAAGCAGAAUGCUUAAAACUCUC